AUGGCUCACCAAGUGAAACACCCUGUUGUCAUCUACUCCUUGUUCCAUGCGCACAAGAUAGUAGCACGCAUCAGCCCAAAUCAAUGGUGCAACUUGCCAGAAGCAGAAACAUCCUUCAAAUCAAUUGCCAAUGACGGUACACCUUACAAUUGGGCCUUAUCACUUCUUCCUGACCGAUCGGUUCCUUUCUUUGUCAAGAGGCCAGGAUGGUUUGAUCUCUCGGGCCGUUUCCUGCCCCUCAAUGACUACCCCCGGCCAAUCAUGUAUUAUGACUCCCAUUCCACUGGUGGAGUGGCAGAUUCGUUCGUUUUGGAUGACCCAAAGCCUAGGUGGGUUUGCACCUCCAGUGUAGGGGUUAUUAUUGGUCUCCAGGACCUGCUUAACAACAACCACAACAAGACUAAAGUGGUUCUCUGUCACACCGAUUACAGCUUUCUGUUGUUCAUUGGAAGAAAUGUCAAAACCUCGGGUCGACUCUGCGCGUUUAAUCAACAGACUCAUAUGUGGCGCAUCAUGGUGGAUACCUUGGACGCUGACCCACCACAAGAUGGCAAUGAUGUUGAUGGGGUGAAUGUGCCAGAGCAAGACGCGAAUGAUAUUGCAGGAGCGGGUAUUGUUUAG